CCAGCGCGGCGGUCCGCAGGUUCGCGCUUCACGAUUUACGUUCAUUUAAUAAAUACUGUUCAAAUGUGAAUUGUUUUAUAGUUCUGUGUAGUUAAUUAAAUCAAGUGAGUUUGAAUACUACAAAAUAUAGGAUACAUUAUUCAAGGAGGAGGGAUGGAGAAGCGGUGAAAAUGGAUUUGGACGAAGAUGACUUGUGGGCUAAUAAAACAAAUGUCACAGAAAUUACUCCGUUACCAGAACACGAGUCCCUGAAUGUGAUUGUACCUCUUACGGUCAUUUAUUCUAUUAUUUUUGUCGCUGGCAUUUUAGGAAAUAUCAGCACUUGUGUAGUGAUCGCAAGAAAUCGUUCUAUGCACACAGCGACAAAUUUCUACUUAUUUAGUCUCGCAUUAUCUGAUCUCCUUCUUUUGAUUUGUGGCCUGCCGAUAGAACUGUAUCGCCUUUGGGACCCAAAUUCUUAUCCCCUGGGCGAGCCCUUAUGCCUGUCGAUGGGCUUAAUAUCCGAGACAUCAGCCAACGCUACAGUGUUAACUAUAACUGCGUUUACCGUAGAGAGGUACAUAGCAAUAUGCCGUCCGUUUAUGUCGCACACUAUGUCCAAAUCUUCGAGAGCCGUGCGUUAUAUCAUGGUUAUCUGGGUGUUUGCAUUGUGCACUGCGGUGCCGCAAGCGAUGCAAUUUGGUAUAGUGACAUUCAAUGAAAAGGGACGUGAUAUAAGUGCGUGUACGGUAAAAGGACACGGUGUACAUGAAGUGUUUGUUAUAUCCAGUUUUGUGUUCUUCGUCGUACCGAUGUCUCUAAUAACAGUGUUGUAUGUACUGAUUGGUGUAAAACUGAACACGUCGCGUGUGUUACAUCCAGUGAAGAAAUCGUCCAUAGAGAGUAGGGAUAAAAAUGGUUCGACGCGUUACAGAAAUGGAGCGUCACAAAGAAGAGUUAUAAGGAUGCUAGUUGCUGUGGCACUAUCCUUCUUCCUAUGCUGGGCACCGUUCCACGUUCAGCGAAUAAUUGCAAUUUAUGGCAAGAAUUUGGAACAUCCUAGCGAUACAUUUUAUCUGGUGUACAUAGUACUGACGUAUUUAUCAGGAGUCCUCUACUUCCUGUCAACUGCAAUCAAUCCUUUCCUGUACAACAUUAUGUCUAACAAGUUCCGAAAUGCAUUUAAGAUGACACUAUCAGUGUGGUGCAGCCGGCGAGAUGGGCCUAGAUUAGGCCGAACAUACAGCGCCUUACUAGCGUCCCGGCAAAGGGCCGCUAGCGAGCGAGCAAGGCCGCACCCUCGGCUUUUGCGGCGUUUGUCUACCGCCACCACGCAACUGUGUGUGGCCCCUUCCAGAGCCCAGUCCUACCGAAGAAAUCUUUCCAUAGUCAACGAGUCGCCAAAUGUGAAUUGGGUGUGGCAACAGCGACGUUUGAACGAGGGAUCCGACUCUUUCACCUCACCACGCAGUAUAUCAAACUCAAGCUUACACGAAUUCGACCAAGAACUGAGCGGGGAGGAACUAGCCACUUAUAUGUAUCAAGUGAAUUGCAAUAUCGGUGGGUUAACCUGAGACACGUCUGUUUAGAUUGCCGGAACGGUUGAUCUAAACAAAACAGUGAUAGGUAAUUUAGCUCGGACUCCUCGGGUUGAUAAAGAACUGUGAUACGAAUUGUAGAAUGUACGUUCCAGAUAUGUGUUGUAUAUAGAUGUUAUAUUUGUAAUGUGCUAUUUUGUUGUUGCAAAAAUUUAUGAAUGUUAAAAGAUUAGCGAGAACCAAUGACGUAUUAUUAUCCUUAAAUAAUAAACAAUAGUAUAAAAUAAGCUUUGAUAUGUUCUAUUAAUUUUGAGAAAUUUUGUAGCUACACUGUUUUUGAAUAUUAUUAAAAGUCAAUAAAAAUGAUUUAUUACGACAAAAAUUGUAUAAUGCCAUUAAAAUAAUUAUUGUUCUCUAGCAUUUUCGAAUUGUUUGCUCACAAUGUGUAAAUUUAUGUGAUUCAUUUAUUAAGUGCUUUCAAUGAGUUAAUGGCAAACGUCUAUGGAGACCAAUAUCUAUAAAAAAGGAACUUCUAUUAAAAUUUACUAUACCUUACACGAAGUCAACAUUUUCAGUUCAAAGGUCUAUGUGUUGUAUUGAUUGACUUUGACAGCCUAAAAUGUGUUUUAGUUUUGUUAGACUUCGUACUUCGUGUCCUAUUUGUUAAAGCUUUAAAGCACCUAUGAUAUCGGAGAGGUAGAUUUUGUUGAAGUUUUUAUCUUUAUUUUUAUAACAAAUGUUCAGAAAAGAUGUGAAAUUGUAGUUAGUGGACAAGUAAUUUUAUAAGUACCUAAUACAAAUUGGUUAUGACUAUGAUUGUGUGGCUAGUCAAUUAAAUAAAAUGUUAAAAUGAAUAAAUUAAAAUAUUGUAGAAAAAUAUAACAUUGUUGAAACGAUUGUUCGUGUUGUUUUUUAUUGGAAUGUGUAUACUGGAUAAUGCGUGAUAUUAAUUUAAUUGUAUAAUUGUUAAAAGUUAGUUACAUAGAUACACUGUACAUUUUGUAAAUAUGAUUAGUUAGAUUAUAAUAAAUGUAGAAUUUUAUUUUUAUUUUAUCACGUACAUUUUGUACAUCACUUAUUCAUAAUUUAUGUUUGUAAAUAGUGAAAAAAGUUGAAUUGUUUCUACACAAUUGUUAA